CAUUUUGUCAUAUGUCAGUGUCAAAAGUAGAACAAAAUAUGUUGUGGAUGUUUGUCUGCAUAGAACAUUAAUUUUACACUAACAAAUAGCGUUAUAUAUUUAAAUGAAUGAUUGAUUACUCAUAAAAAUCAACAAUGAGCAAUCAAAAUAAGGCUACAUUAUCUGUUGAUUUAAACAGCUUCAUUUACGGAGUGUCUAGGCGAAAUUUUCAAAAUGCACCUGAACUUACUAAAAUAGGUAUAGGAUUAUUAAAAAACUUCCCGGCAGCCAGAGAUGCGGUACUGGAAUAUUUUGCAAUGGUUUUUCACGAUGCCGUCAAUAUAUCACUUAAUCAGGAAUAUGAGCCGGAUUCUAAUAAUAAUGGUUCAUUGGAGAGUGUAAGCAUGAUCGGACCUGAGCUGUGCAAUUUGGGAGAGUCAUGGGCUCCAUUCAUUGCUCCAUGGUGUAUUAAUUUAAUAAUGGACAUAGCCACGGAGAAGGCUAAUUUACCAAAUGCUACACUACAGAACACGGAUCCCAUAAGAAUUCUACUGGAUAUAACGACCCAGAAUCUGACGUUAUUGAAUUCGGAAGAGAGAGCGAAAUGUAUUGACAUGAUGCUGGGCUGUCGUGCUUGUUCGUGGGCUGUGGGUUUGGUGGGUCGUGCCGAGCCAGCGUUGGUCGCCCCCCGUGCGCUAGCUCUGGCCCCUGACGCCGCCCGCGCAGUACUCGCCCAUCUAGCGAACCAUCCCCCCGCGCUAUACCAUGUUAGGGCCGCCCUAGUGGACUUAUUUCAAGAAGCUAUCCGAGAAGAUGGCAACCCCGAGAAGAAGCGGGAAGUGAUACCAUACUUAUUAAAUCUGGCUUCUAAAUCCGAUAUUGUUUUGAAGGCUUUAACCCAGGACAUAGAAAAUACGUUGACGGACGAGGUGGUGGCUCGCCUGCAGACAGUCCCCUGCCGCGGCGAGGCUGUGAGUCCUGCUGCCCUGGUGGCGUUGCUGAUGCGUUGCGACGCCCGCUGCUACUUGCUGCUACUGAGGCAUGCACAGCUGAAUACAUUCUGCAGGCAUUUGCUCGAGCAACUCCUGCAAAAGCUGGAAUAUGAAAAUCUGUUUGCAGAAUCAAAAAUACCUCUGCUCAUAAGCUGUGCAGAGGAAAUUAAUAUCUUAAGAGAGAAGCUCCUGGUCGGCAACAGAUUAGAACAGUACUCCAUAGCAAGGAUUCUGAUAUUAGUCAGUUACAACUUCCCGUCGGAGUUCGUGAGCACUAUCAGCUAUCUGCUGCAGCACUCUCGCAGUGAUACCACACUGGCGUUGUUGGUGCGAAUAAUUUCCGGUACCAGCAACAUGCACAUCCCCAACGACGAGGCCCUCGACACCGAGAGGUAUCAGGAGUUCGUCAAGACGGGCGUGGAGUACGCGCUGAGGGACGCCAUGAUCGCUGACACACAGAUCAAGAAGUGCUUCAUAGAAAACGUCCCGAACGAUCAAAAAACUUUCUUGCAUCACCUGUGUCUUAACAUUAUAACGUUGUUGAGGUGGGAGAACAGCGGUCGCGUGCCGUCUCUGAGGUCCCGCAGCAUCGCGCGCGCGGUGGAGUCCAGCGUGUACCGCCUGGGCGCGGUGCUGCGGGAGCGCGCGUGCGAGCUGCGCGAGCGUCCCGCAGCGACUGCCCUCUCGCUGCCCGACAUGCCCACCUGUCACGCGCUCGCUCAGGUCUUAGACAGGAUAGACCUAACGGGCACCAAGUCUCCCCCGCCGAGUGUGGAAGCCAUAUUGAAAGUCGUUCAAGCGACUGUCAAAUAUUUCUUCAGAUGUUUAUUGGAAGACGACGUGAUGCAGAAGGUCCGCGGGGUCCAGACGGCGUGCGGUCUGUUCCGCAAGGUGUGCGGCUACAGCAAGGUCGCGAGGAACGCGGCCCUCAGGGACCUGCUGGAGGCCGCGCUGUUCAGAUACGAGCGAGUGUUCACACCCAGCCAGGACCGCCAGGACAGGCAGGCGGCCGCCGACGACCUGCUGCUCUAUAUGAACAGGAAACAUGGUCCAAUAACUCAGCUGACACAAUCCCAUACGUCAGUGUUUCACGCCGGUGUGAUCGGCAAAGGCGCUCGCAAACACAGCGCGGACGACGCCCCGCCCACCGACAUACUGACAAGGGACAACGAGCUGCUCAUGGGGGCGCUGAUGGCCUGCAUGCAGGAGGGUAACAGCGGCGUAGUAGAGGGCGCCACCUCCGUGUCCCUGUUGUUGGUGGAGCUGAUAUCGCCGGACGUGAUGUACAACGGUCUGCCGUGGCCGGAUGAAGAUUUUACGAAGCAAGUGAGUAUAGAGCGCGAGCUGUACACCCGUGUGUGUGUGGAGCGGUGCGGCGUCGCGCGGUCGUGUUUGCGGCGCUGUGGACGCGCUCGGCCCGCGCUCUGCCUCUCAGCGGCACUACUGAGGGCAGCUGCCGCCUCACUGCUGCACAGGCUCAGAGCACAUCUCGACCGUCAUACCCAGUCUUCGGAGCUGUCUCAGGAGCUGGCUGCUCUCAAAGAGCUCCUAACCCUGAUGACCCUCGGCCAGCUGUUGCCACAUCCUCUCAGCCACAUGCUGGAGUUAGCACCAGAACUCACCGCCACUGAGACCGUACAGGUGUUAAGAGAUUGUCUAUGGAACUACACUCGCGACCACGUGCCGACUCCUGCUUUGUUCGCAUGUGAUGCCACAGGUCUUCACUGGCGCGAUCCCUCGACCUGCAAGCCUCCAGCCCAGUAUACGGAUACUUUACGUCUUAUUAUACAAAAGAGAAUAUCAAAACUCGGGCACAUGUACCCUAUCAUGUUUUUAAACCUAGAAAAAGAAACUUAAAAAAAUAAGUGUGUAAUAUUCUUAUUAUAAGUUAAUAAAGUGCCUAAAUAUUUUU